AUGCACACCAAUUCCGGUGACAGCAAUAGCAUUGUGGUGAAUGAGGAGAUCCGGCGACUGUUGCCCGACUGGCCGUCGGGUCCGCUCGACACUUACCGGAAGAGAGCGUCGUUUGAUUGGCGCAAAAUGAAGCUCCUGUUGGAGGGCGAAGACAUCAUCCGAUUUAAGCUACGAAUCGCCCGAUCGCUGGAAAAGGAUCCGCUGUUCGCACACCACCCGAGCCAAGAGAUGACCCGCGACCAGCACCGGGAGAUCACUUUGAAACGCAUGAAACGCCUCAUGGAGUAUGACUUUCUGCCCGACGAAGAGUUUAUGGCCAAUCCGUUGCUCACACAACACAUGUACAACACGUUGGGUCAGUACGACUGGUCCCUAUCGGCCAAGAAGUUUCUGGCGUACGAGUUCGUGACGGUCAGCCUACGGGGCGCCGGCUCUAGUCGUCAUCUGAGUGUAUUGGAUCAGUUGAUGGAGUUCGAGGCGUUGGGCUGUUUCGCGCUCACAGAGAUGGCUCACGGAUCCAACACCAAAGCGAUGGCCACACGCGCCGACUUUGACCCCCAGACAAAUGAGUUCAUACUGAAUACACCCAACUUUGAGGCCUCGAAGGUAUGGUCCGGCAAUUUGGGCAAAACGGCUACUCAUGCCGUGGUGUUUGUCCAGCUGUACGUCAAUAGCAAAUGUCACGGAUUGAGUGCAUUUAUUGCCCCGAUUCGCGACCCGAAGACACUGUUACCCUAUCCGGGCAUUACUGUCGGCGAUAUGGGACCCAAAAUAGGUCUCAACGGUUUGGACAACGGGUUCCUUCAGUUCAAGAACUAUAGGGUUCCCAAAGACCUACUGAUGAACCGAAUCGGAGAUGUGGACAAAGACGGCACUUAUGUCACUGAAAUCAAAGACAAUAAGAAACGAAUGGGCGUUACUUUGGGAACACUAUCCAUGGGUCGGGUCGGCAUCAUUGGAAUGGCCAUCACUAAUAUGCAGAAAGCGCUUCCCAUUGCCAUCAGAUACUCAGCCGCCAGAAGACAAUUCGGUCCGCCCGGACAGGAAGAGCUGCCGGUGAUUGAGUACCAGAUGCAACAAUGGAGAUUAUUACCAUAUUUGGCCGCGUGUUAUGUGUUGGACAACUUCAGUAUGUCUUUUCACAGAGAUUUCAUGAACUUUCAGAUCUCUGUGCUCUUCGGCACGACAUCGCCGGAGCUGUCAGAACAGGGACAGGAGAUACACGCCCUGUCGAGCGCCGCCAAACCGCUGGCCGGUUGGGUCUGCAGGGAUGCCAUACAAGAGUGUCGCGAGGCGUGCGGAGGUCACGGCUAUCUGAAGGCGUCGGGUUUGGGAGAGCUUAGGGACGAUCACGACGCCAACAACACCUAUGAGGGCGACAAUAAUGUGCUUCAAAUGCAAACCAGUAAUUAUUUGAUGCGUUUGUGGCAAUUGAAGGUCGAAGAGGGCCGACCAUUCACUUCCCAAUUCGGUUCCGUCGACUUCUUGGACCAAAUGGACGCUCACCUCAAGAAGCGAAUGCAUGUGACGGCACCCGACGAUGUCAUGCGAAUGGACGUCAUUCUCGACGCCUAUAGAUUUCUCGUCAGUUAUCUCAUGAGAAUGUCUGUCAAUAAACUGAAGCGUGAGUUGGAUUCGGGCAAAGACUUGUUCACCGCGCGAACCAAUAGCCAAGUCUACUGCUGUCGAUCCCUAUCCCUGGCCUUCAUUGAACACGUAGUGCUCGACCGCUGGAAUACCUUCAUUCAAGUGGAGAUGACUGACCAGUCGUUGGCCAACGUAUUGAAGCGUUUGGGCUCUCUAUACGGCUUGUGGUCGUUGGAGAAACACUUGUCCACUCUAUACGAGGGCGGCUACUGUUCGGGUCCGACACCCACUCAAUACAUCCGCCAAUCAAUACUUAAACUGUGCGCUCAACUCAAAGACGAAGCCGUGACUCUCGUGGAUGUGAUCGCACCGACAGAUUUCAUGCUCAACUCGGCGUUAGGCAAGUCUGACGGACAGAUCUACAAGAAUAUAUACGAGUCGAUUCUGGCCGCACCCGGAGCUCUAUCGCGGGCCGACUGGUGGAAAGAGUUUGUCCACAAUAAGCCGAAUGUGGCUUCAAUUAAACCCAAGUUAUAA